AUGGCGCUCGAGCGCGCUGCCUCCGUACAGAGACUGGCAUCCAUCACCGCCAUGAGCAGCUGGAUCUGCAACGCCAAGGAUGUGCCCGUCAUAAUCCCGCACUGCCUCGAUCUCAUGCGAGCCUUGUGCGGAGAUACCAAGCGUCUGAUCGAACUGCGCGACGAAAAGAUCCCGAGCCUGGAGACCAACAUCCAGGCGCUUAUUAACAUUGACUGGGCCGUCACAGCUGCGACUCUUGGUCUUGGGGAUAUUGACGGCAUCCUAGCAAAGUAUGAGACUCAGGUGUCUGAGAAGACCGCCACCGAUAUGCUCACACUCGCGUGGGACCCAGCAGAUGUCAAGAGCAUUGCCACGCAGAUGCCCAGUCUGCGUGAACACCAUGCCGCCAUAUUGAAGGAGAUAGAGACUCUGGUAGGAACUAAGACCAAAGCCCCUGCCAAGACAAUGCCGAAUAAGGCAGAGAGGCAGUUCGAAAACCUUGGCCUGCUCAAAUCACUGUUCGGCGAAAGCAAGAUACCUCUAGUGACAAGCACGACACCGUCGGAGAGGUCAUUGCGGCAGUCCACCUCUGGUGACCUGGCUACCGGACACGAUGCCCUCGGCUUUCCAGUCCAACGUCCAGUCUCAUCCCAGGAAACCAGAUUCGUGAAAUCGGCUGGCAUCCCCAAUGAAGCAGUUGUAGUGCGACCGUUCAACUACUUGCCUCCCAGCCCAGAGACAGUAUCAUCCAGAACUGAAUCGCCGGCUUCUUUUCAAGUGUACGAACUGCCAAAUUCGCCCUGUUUAUCACACCAAAAGCUCAUCACACCACCUCCGCAAAGUCAAAGGGCGUACACAGCGCCAGUUCCAGCCAACAGCGGCUUACAGGCUUUAUUUCAACCUCCAGUUCGCCUCGGCUCGAUGUCGCCAGGGGCAGUGAGCGGCCACGUCCAAGUGCAAGGUCCAUUUGCUCGCCCAUCCCUACAAAGCCAUCGGGGUUCCAGCCAUUUGUCAGAGCUUCCAGCUUCACCGAUUGUGACAAGGCUGCAAUCCCAGGACUCUAGGUUGAGCUUGCCAGACCGUUCUACCAGUUUAGAACCGGGUAUGGCUCAACCACGUAUGGGUGUUCAGUCAAUGCCUCCACCGCCUCGGCCGGAGAUGUCCCGAUUCCCGGUGUCCGGUCCAGCGGUGCAGCAGUUGCGUACCGAGACGCCGAGAAGCUCUUUCACCCUUCCUCGACGCGAAAGAGGCCGCGGGUUAUCGCAGCUGUUCGUGUAUCAGCCUCGUCCAGCAUCCAAGCAAUCAAGCCACGAUGGCGCAAUGGAUAGGGGAAGCAGCGAUACUAUCGUCUUCGAACUCGAAGGCAACCCGCCGACCUUCGCUCGACCAACGCAGGUGGAAGUGACACGACCGCCACCUGGAUCGCCUCCAGGAGCGCCUAAACAGUCGAUUGAUCUUACCGAAACUCAAAGAGACGCAAUAAGUGAGAGCCCGGCCUCUGAACCGGGCCUUGUCGUUCCAGAGCCUGGCAGUCGGAGAGACUUGUUUGAUAGCGAGGCAUGGCAGAGGAGGACGAAGGUGUUUCAGGUCGAGGAUCCUGAUGGGCACCUCAGGAGGCGGAAGAUUCCAGAGUGA